AUGGCUUGCCCAGUAAUGGAAAACGUCCACACGGGCGAGAAGGCCAGUGGAACAGCCAAGGCCAACGGUGGUGAUAAACCUGCCCCUGGUACCUACAUCAAGUGGGAUGCCGAUGGCGUCGAGAAGAUCCAGCCCGGCGAGAUGGACAAGAUCUGGGAGGUCUCACGACAGUUCAAUCGAUUCCAGAUGAUGAACUUCAACGAGCACAUGCACUGCCUUCGCGGAACACAUCUCAAGACUCAAGGAUGCGUCAUGGGCAGAUUCACUGUCAAGAACGACCUCCCACCUCACCUCGCCCAAGGCAUGUUCGCUAAGCCAGGAAGCUACGACUGCAUCAUGCGCUACAGCUCCCUCACCCCCAAGUUGCUGUCCGAUAACCUGUCAGCUCCUCGCGGUAUCGGCAUGAAGAUCUUUGGUGUGCCAGGCGAGAAGCUAUGGGGCGAGGACAAGCAGACACAAGACUGGACCUUCAACAACUACCCGGUCUUGGAACUGCGUGACCCGAAGACCACAUACGACAUCGCCGACAGCUUGGAGCGGAACUGGAAUGAUUUGCCGACCUUUGCCAAGGAGCAGAGUGAGCGCGUAGAUGCUGAUGUCGCUACUCUUGGCGGUCAGCUACCACGCCAGCACAUGGUCGCCAUGCCCCAAUACUCCCAAUCCGCCUAUCGCCACGGUGAUUACGUGGCCAAAUAUGGCGUCUUCCCGCUCUCCGAAGAACAAAAGAACAUCAUGAACGUCAACGUCAAAGAAGACGACCCCAUCAACAUCCUCUCCCAGCACACUCGCGACUUCCACAUGAAGAACAAAGUAACCUAUACCUUCGGCGCGCAGAUGCUCCAAGACCUGAACGAGCAGCCCGUCGACGACAUUGGUGUCGAGUGGGACGAGAAGAAAUAUCCUUUCGAGCCCAUCGCCACCAUCGAAUUCGAGCCUCAGGACUCGUGGUUGCCAGAGUUCAGGGUCUGGUGGGACGACAGAAUCACAUGCAACAGCUGGCACGGUCUCAAGACCCACCAGCCUUUAGGUAGCACAAACCGCAUGCGCCGCGUGGUCUACGCAGAGAGCAGGAAGUUGAGGCUCAGUGUGAACGGGUACAAGGAUUACGUCGAGCCUGCGAGCUUGAAGGACGUUCCAGCGCCUAUUCCACCGCCGCAGCUGAACUUGACGUAUCAGCCUGCUAUCAAGACUGUUGAGGUUGCUUCUUAG